AUGGAGCUGAAUGGAAGAGAGAAGAAGAGUCAAAAAAGGGGUAAAGACAACAAAGCCUUUGAGCCAGAGGAACAGGAUCAGAUACACACUGAAGCGGACAGAGCUUUCGAACUUGCCGACCAUGCACACAAAGAGAGAGACCAACAGAAAAAGAGUUUCCUUGAGAAGAAAAUGGAGGCAUUCCAGGACUGUUUGGCAGAGCACAGAGGCCAGAUCCACCUGAUUAUACACCUGGCUUUAGCAGCAGGCUUCGUUGCCAUAGUGAUAGCGGCAUGUGUCCUGAACUUCCAACGGGCUGUUGGGCUGCUGGUCAUCUCCUUGGUAACCGCAUUCUUCCUGGUCUGGGAUUGGAUGAUGGAACGCUAUGGCGACCGGGUGUGGGAGGAGCUCUAUCCUAUCAGAAACCUUCUCAGCAGAAACUGGUUUUGGAUGAGAUGGAUAGUGUACAUGUUGCUGCUGGUGGCCAUGGUGUGCUGGAUAGUUCUGGACACAGCCCGGCAAGGGACAAGGCAGCUUGUGUCGUUCGCUGGUUUGCUGCUCUUUAUAUUCUUAAUGUUGCUGUUCUCUAAACACCCAUUCAGGUGGCCUUGGAAAACUUUGCUAUGGGGGAUCGGGCUACAGUUUAUCAUUGGUCUGCUGAUCCUCAGGACCAGGGCUGGCUUAUUGGCCGUGGAAUGGGUUGGAAAACAAGCUGAGGCUUUCCUGAUGUACACAAAUGUUGGGUCUCAGUUUGUGUUUGGUGACAGUUACACAGACCACUUCUUUGUCUUCAAGGUGAUGCCAAUAUUGGUAUUUUUGAGCUCUGUCAUCUCCAUCCUCUACUACAUUGGCUUCAUGCCCUGGCUCGUUUGCAAGAUUGGAUUCAUAAUGCAGGUUACCAUGGGAACAUCUCCAGCAGAAUCAAUGGCUGCAGCUGGAAAUAUAUUUUUGGGGCAGACAGACUCACCUCUCUUGAUUCGUCCCUUCGUCAGUGGGCUAACUCGCUCUGAGUUCCAUGCUGUGAUGACUGGAGGUUUUGCCAGCAUCUCUGGUACCAUUUUAGGAGCCUACAUCUCCUUUGGGAUUGAGGCAUCACACUUGUUGACGGCCUCAGUGAUGUCCGCCCCAGCCUCCCUGGCCAUCGCCAAGACCUUCUGGCCUGAAACGGAGACCUCCAGUGUAACAGCCAGUCAUGACCUCAAAAUAGAGCGAGGAGAGAGUACGAACAUAUUAGAGGCAGCAUCCCGAGGUGCAUCUUCUGCUGUAGUUGUAGUCGCCAACAUUGUUGUCAACCUCAUUGCCUUCCUGGCACUGUUGGCCUUUUUCGAUGUUGCUGUGUCCUGGCUGGGCGGGAUGUUUGACUAUCCACAGCUCAGCUUCUCGCUCAUCUGCUCUUAUGUCUUCAUGCCCCUCUCCUUCAUGAUGGGUGUUUCGUGGGAGGACAGUUUCAUCGUUGCUGAGCUGAUCGGCAUAAAGACAUUUGUCAAUGAGCUUGUGGCCUUUCAGAAGCUGGCGGAGUUCAUUAGAAGGCGGGAAGCAGGAGGGCCUGAGUAUGUGGACAACGUGAAGCAGUAUAUUUCUGUCCACUCUGAGACCAUUGCAACGUACGCUUUGUGUGGAUUUUCCAACAUCGCUUCCCUGGGCAUAUCGGUCGGAGCACUGUCGGCCAUGGCUCCAGAUAGACGCGCUGACAUCUCCGGCUGUGGCCUCAGAGCUCUGAUCGCCGGCAGCGUCACCUGUUUCAUGACAGCUUGUAUUGCAGGCAUGCUGUACAUCCCUGAUCUUCAGUGUCCAUAUUUCCUGAGCGCACAGUUCAGCAACACCAACGUGACCAGCAGCUCACAACUAGUCACCUGCUGCACACAGCUAUAUACCAGUGUGACGGUGUAUGAGCCGUGGAACGUGACGAUGGGAGAAGGAUUCACUCCGAGCAGUCUGCAACGCUGCUGCACACUCACACCUCCUACACACUUCAACUGCAGCUUGGUGCUUUGA